GAGGCCUGGCAAAACCUCGGCGCCCGGCCGGAGGGAACUCGAGCCUGCACGCUCAUCCCUGUUCACGGCAGCGUCAGCUACCGCAGCCCGGAGGGGGAGGCCGAGAAAGAUCUUGUCUAGGACUCAGCUGCGGAGUGCCCUCCUCCAGGAGGCCUUCCUGGGCUUCCCAGCUCAGAGGAUGGGACCUGGACCUCUAGGCCUCCCUCUGCAGUCUGGGCUCUGCACGCCACCAAGGCACCUUGCUACCUGCCCCGAGCCGCCCCUGCCCGUGGGGCCUUCCUUGCCCCGAAGACCCCAGCCAUCGGUGAGGCCCAGAGUACUGCUCCUGCCAGGAUGGGACCCUCCCCAGGACUCCGCAGUCUCGUUGCUCCGCAGCACAGCUGGACCGACAGGAGUCUGUCUGCUACAUUGGGCUGAGGCUUCCCCAAGCCGGGGCGUCGGUCCGCUGAACACGUACCUGUGUGCGCGAGCCCGCACCGGCCACCCCCCCACACUCACGUCACUAACACCCCUGCGCCUGGCGAGGCCCCCCAACCCCGCGAGCGCUGCUGCCGACACUGCAGGUGCUUCCCCUGGACUGUCCUGCGUCCACCAAGUCCUGAGGACGAGGUUGGGGUCUACGUCUGAGGAUAUUCUCCCCAUGGAAGAUGGCUUCCAGGCCUCCGAUUCCAAAAGUGCCCCGUAUUCUGGAUCCACGGCUGCGUGACCCCAAGAUCGAGCAGCUCAUGACCCUGAAUGGUUCUCCGGUCCAGAAUUUACGAGCAGCUUGGGGAUGCGGUUUUGACUCAGGGUCACUCUGACCUUGUAUCAAAAUGUCAGCCAGGCCUGAGGUCCUCUGGCGCUGGGGGACACGUGCUGGCGGCUGGUGCUGGCUGCCGCCCGGAUGCCAGGCUCCCGGCUGCUC